UCUAAUUGUGAAACUUUACUUCUUAUUCUUAAUUAUUUUAAUUAUUCAUAUUGCAAUUUGUUUGGGUGUUUUCAGCAGGUUUACCUAUAGGACUAUUUACGGUUAAAAUAUGAUAAUGAUGUGGGAGAACUUUGAAAACACGUUGUCAGCGCAGCUUUUUUAUCGAAGUAUGUGCGUCAUGGCUGUUGUGCGCACGCGGUCAGGUUUAUCCCGUACAUACUUACACGCUAGCUGUGCAAAAAGGCGCGGUUUUGCCUACUUUGUAUGUAAGUGCUUGGUGAAAUUCGAUGUAAGUAAGUGCGCGAUGCGCCUAUGCGCAAUUGGUACACUGUACAGUACCUGCUUUGACGUGUUUUCAAGUUCAUCACAGUUCGUAUUUUUUUUUGGCCAAAAAUUUUUCGACUUCUCUCUCCGUCUUUGCGGGAUCGGAUUUGCAGCUGCACGACGUAAUCUACAUUCACGGUUACUGCUUAUUGGCAUUUGGCGGAAUAAGAAGAAAGUUCUGCCCGGAAUUCUUCCAUUACUCGCUGAGAUCUAAGCAUGCACCGCGCUGUGUGAUUCCGUUGUAGUGCUGACACUCGUUGAUAACCAGAAAUGCUGUCUCCACGUCUACCGUGUGGCCUUCUGCGGGGGGCGGUGCAGCUGUCUCGGAAGUCCAGCCGUCCGCUAGCCAGUCUGCGCUACACCAACACGGUGGCCCGCGCGGAAGCGACGUUGUUCUCGCCGGCUUCCCUGGCGGAACCGUCCGCCGCCGUCACCAAACACCGCACAACGGACACCCUGCGCACUCCGCCGUCGCCCGACCAACCGCCCUUCGCGGCGCGCCUCCAACGGCUGCUGGAGAUCGCCAAACGCGAUGUCAAAAUGGUCGGGAUUUUUCUGGAUUUACGCAAGACCUUCUGGAAUUUCAAGCGGCGUCAGGACACCGUGGCAUCGCUGUUUCACGCGAUGGCCGGAAAGUAUCCCGACAAGCCGGCCUUGAUCAUCGCGCCAUCCGGUCGGCAGAUGACCUUUCGCGAAUUGGAGACCUUCGCCAACAAGACGGCUAAUUAUUUCCAACAGAUUAAGGCGUUAGCCAGCGGCGAUGUGGUCGCACUUUUCGGGACUUCAAGUGUAGAAUAUGUGGGCAUCUGGCUGGGCCUGUCCAAACUCAACAUCGUCAGCGCCCUGGUCAACAGCAAUCUGGUGGCGGAAUCUCUGAUCAACAGCCUGAAAGUGGCCAGUCCCAAACUGAUCAUCGUCGACACCCAGUUACAAGCGCAGUUUGAAGCGGUGCGUCGGGACUUCCCGGACGCGCAGGUGAUGUACUAUACAUCACGCGGGGAUGCCGGUACGGCGGAUGCGAAGCCGGGUGUGCUGAACGACGCCAUCGCUCAAGAGGACAGCAGUGCGCCGGUAAUCGAACAGGAUAAAUCCGUCGCGGAGAUGCGCUGGUGGCAGCGCAGCUACGAGGACGCGGCGUCCUCGCUGAACCGGACGCUGUUCUACAUCUUCACCAGCGGCACCACCGGCCCGCCCAAAUCCUGCAUCAUCACGCAGCGCCGCUUCAUGGGCUUCAGCCGCAUCAUCCAUCUGGUGGUGGGACUGCGCAGUGACGACGUCAUCUACUGCCCCCUGCCCAUCUACCACACCGCCGGCGGUAUUGCCACGGUGGGGCAGGCGCUCAUGCACGGAUCCACCGUGGUCUUGCGCAAUAAAUUCUCGGCCAGCUCCUUCUGGGAGGACAUCAUCAAAUAUAAAUGCACAGCCGCGCAGUACAUCGGGGAGAUCUGCCGGUUCCUACUGGCCCAGCCCGUCUCACCGUUAGAGAAACAGCACGGCCUGCGUUUACUCUACGGCCAGGGCCUGCGUCCCUCCGUGUGGCGGCAUUUUCUGGAGCGUUUCGGCGUGGCCAAGGUGGUGGAGAUGUACGGCUCAACGGAGGGCAACACCGGGCUGGCCAACAUGCACGGCAUCACCGGCGCCGUCGGCUAUCUGUCCCCGGUGCUCCACACCCUGCACCCGCAGGCGGUCGUCAAGGUGGACCGCGACAGCGGCGAGGUGGUGCGCGACGCCAACGGAUACUGCGUCAAAGUGCAGCCGGAAGAGGAAGGCGAACUGCUGGGUCAGAUUAGCUGGGAUCCGCUGAAGAAAUUCGACGGCUACACCAACAAGAAAGCCACGCAGUCCAAACUGCUGCACGAUGUCUUCCAGAAGGGCGACAAGUACUUCCGCUCGGGCGAUAUUAUGCGAGUGGACAAGGACGGUUUCGUCUUCUUCGUGGACCGGCUGGGCGACGCGUACCGGUGGAAGGGGGAGAAUGUGUCCAGCACGGAGGUGGAGGGCAUUCUCAGUAUGCUGUGCGGACACAGUAAUGUCGCCGUCUACGGCGUCGACGUUCCAGGUGCGGAAGGGAAGGCCGGGAUGGCCGCCAUCGCCUUCGACGCCAUGGAGGUGCGGCCGGAGGAGAUUGACAACAAAGUCCGCGAUCUGCCGGCGGAAAUCAUCCGGCAUCUGCCGUCCUACGCCAUUCCCGUGUUUCUCCGCGUCACCGCCCACGACGCCAUCCAACUGACCGGAACAUUCCGCGUGCAGAAGAACACGUUGAAGAAAGAGGCUUUUAAUCCGUCAUGUAUCGGUUCUGAUAAAUUGUAUUAUUUACACAAUAUGUCUCCCGAUUCCCGCGUAAACGGGACAGCAGCUGAGACGAAAUCUUUUCAAUACCGACCCUUAACACCUCAAACAUACACGGCCAUCCAGCAAGGUCAAGUCCGUUUCUAAACCCUAAUAUCGUUUAAUAAUGUCCUCUCACUGUACGAAAUAAUUGAACGAUUAAAGCUCAGUGUAUUACAUCAUCACAUACUGGCGUUCGUUUCAAGCGUUUGGCAUUGGUACGAAAUGGACAAUUUUAGCCCGCCGCCGCAUGCCGCACUGGCGAGCGCGGGUGACGUGUGACGCCCCGCUUUUUUUAGUUGCGGUGGGCGGGGCUUUGCACUGCGCUGAAAAAAGUGUUAGCGAAAAUGUCAUAAGCCGGGAGUUGUGUUGGUUGGGGCGAGGAAUCCAGUGUGCUGCUUCUCUCUCGUUGGUAACAUCGUCGUUUUGGCUGGUCGUUUCUCUCAUCCAUCCCAGGUAUCCAUCCGCGCUCGCUUGCUCUUGUGGAUUAAAUACGCAGUUUGGUGGCAACGGGAAUAUUCACCAUCUUCUCCAGUAUUUCUUCCAGCGGAGUUUCUCCUCUUUCCGUGAUUCCUCAUCAAUAAAAAAUGGCCAAACUCGGCGAUGCUGAAGUUGAACACUGCAAGGAGGCGUUUGGCGUGUACGAGAUGUUCUUCGGUGAGAACGGCACCAUCGACGCCAUGAAGACCGCCGACGUCCUGCGCGCCAUGAAA